AUGUUAUGGCUCCAGUUGCCUGAUGCACCCAUUCAAUCAUUUGCGAAUUUCGCUGAAAUCGUAGUUACUCUCCUGACGACUCAUUGGAUACAUUUGGAUUCUUUGACUGAGUCGAUGUGUAAUGAUGGUCAACCUGAAGCUCCUGGCCAACCUGGAGCGCCUGGAACUAAAGGAUCAGGAUUGCCCGGACCUCUCGAUCCACCAGGGUCAGUGGGAUCGCCUGGACAACAAGGUCAAGACGGGAAUGCUGCUGGAACAGGCCUUCCAUGA